AUGACUACAGAAGAUAGUAUAGGUGAAGGCGAAUACGCAAUAAAUUUAUCUUAUCCAGGAUUUGAUCUCGGAGAAGCAAAGAAAGAUGUUAUUUCUGGGCCUGGCACGUAUAUAUUUAAUGGACGUAUCCGCAGUGCAUUAGCUGGAGUAAUUAACGAAUACGAAGAUGAAAAAACUAAAGCUAAAACAAUUUCUGUAGUAAGUCCUAAAGCUCCCAGUAUUGUACCUAAAACAGGCAAUAAAAUAACGGCUCGAGUAACAUCAGUUAAUGCUCGUUUAGUACAAUGUCAAAUACUGUGUGUUGAGGACUUUGUUAUGUCCCGACCCUACAGAGGGAUAUUGAGAAAAGAGGACAUAAGAUUAUUGGAUAAGGACAAAAUAGACCCAUAUAAGUGCUACAGACCUGGUGAUAUUAUUCUCGCAAAAAUUUUACCAAUGAGGGAAAUGCACUGUUACUAUUUAACAACAGCGGAAAAUGAGCUUGGAGUUGUCAUAUGUACUGCAGAGGGCUCCCCACAAGGAAUACAUAUGGUCCCCAUUAGCUGGUCUGAAAUGCAGUGUCCUAAAACAUUAGUUAAGGAAAGUAGAAAAGUUGCCCGUGUCAUACCAGAAACUAUUAAUAGGUCAUUUGUACUUGCAACUCCAGGUGAAGAUGAAAAAACUGGUUUAGAAAAUACAAAGACUGAUUAA